GGAAAAUUCGACUUUUCACGUCAACCAACACAACGGAUAUCAGCAGCAGUGACAAACGACGCAAACGACGAACAACACGAACAAACAAACACGACAACCAAGCACCAACGCACAGCACCAACGCACAGCACCACAGCAACAGCAUGAGCGGGAUCAAGUACCCACAGGCGGAGCGAGGGGAUGUGGUGGAGGAUUUCCACGGCACAAAGGUGGCUGACCCGUACAAGUGGCUGGAGGACCCAGAUGCGGAGAAAACCCAGGAGUUUGUCAAGGCGCAAAACGACAUCUCCAGCCCUUUCAUCGACACCCCAUUCCGCAAGGUGUUCCUGGACAGACUGAAGGAAGUGUUUGACUUUCCCAAGCACGGGUGCCCGUUCCGUCGCGGCACCAAGUACUACUACUUCUUCAACACGGGCCUGCAGAACCAGGCCAUCCUGUACCAGAAGGACAGCCUUGACGGCGAGCCGCGCGUCUUCCUCGAUCCCAACGAGUUGAGUGAGGAUGGCACGACGGCGAUCACAGGCAUCCGCUUCUCGAAGAACGACCAGUACAUGGCGUACAACCUGUCGAAGGCAGGCUCUGACUGGUCCUCCAUCAAGGUCCGGGAUACAGAGACGGGCAAGGACCUCGAUGAUGAGCUUGAGUGGGUCAAGUUCUCCAGCGUGGCCUGGACGCACGACAACGAAGGUUUCUUCUACAACCGCUACAACAAGCCCAACAAGGAGAAUGUUGAUGCGGGCACGGAGACAGACACGAACGUGGACCAGAAGCUGUACUACCAUCGCCUCCACACCCCGCAGUCGGAGGACGUGUUGUGCUACGAGACACCGGAUCACCCCAAGUGGAUGAUUCACGCGAGCGUCACGGAGGAUGGCAAGUAUUUCCUGCUGUACAUCAGCGAGGGAUGCAAACCAGCCAACCGCGUGUACGUUGCAGAGGCCGCCCCCAUCACAGGCAUGCUGCAGCCACGCAAGUUGAUUGACAACUUUGAUGCCGACUACUCGUACAUCGCCAACGACGGCAGCAUCUUCACGUUCAAGACGAACUUGAAUGCGCCGCGCAGCCGCAUCGUGCGCAUCGACAUCAGCAAGGACGAGGUGUCGUUUGAUGAGCUCGUGCCGGAGACGAAGGACGUGCUGGAGACGGUGCGCUGGAUCGACAACGACAAGAUGCUCCUCAAUUACGUCCGCGACGUCAAGGACGUCUUGCAGUUGCACGCGCUGUCUGAUGGGUCGCUGCUGCGGCCAAUUGAGCUUGACGUUGGCUCGCUGUCUGGCAUUGCCUGCCACUACGACGACUCGGAGCUGUUCUACCAGUUUACCUCCUUCCUCACACCAGGCAUCAUCUACCGCGCAGAUGUCAGCAAGCCAGAUCAGCAGCCGAGCGUCUUCUACGAGACGAAGGUCGAGGGCUUCAACGCGCACGAGUUUGUCACGGAGCAAGUAUUCUACGACAGCAAGGACGGCACCAAGAUCCCCAUGUUCAUCGUCCACCGCAAGGGCAUCCAGCUUGAUGGCAGCAACCCGACGUUGCUGUACGGGUAUGGCGGGUUCAGCAUCUCCCUGACGCCGUUCUUCAGCGUCUCCCGCACCAUCUUCUGCGGCAACAUGGGCGGCGUCUUUGCCCUCGCAAACAUUCGCGGCGGAAAUGAGUACGGCGAGGAUUGGCACAAGGCCGGCACGCUGGAGAACAAGCAAAACUGCUUCGACGACUUUCAGGCUGCGGCGGAAUAUCUGAUCGCCAACAAGUACACGUGCGCCAAGAAGCUGGCGAUUCAAGGCGGCAGCAACGGCGGCCUGCUUGUCGCUGCCUGCGCCAACCAGCGGCCGGAGCUGUAUGGGGCGGUGAUUGCGCAGGUCGGCGUGAUGGACAUGCUCCACUUCCACAAGUUCACCAUUGGCCAUGCGUGGACGACGGAUUUCGGGUGUGCGGAUGACCCGGAGCAGUUCAAGUGGCUCAUCAAGUACUCGCCCAUCCACAACGUCAAGCACCGGCCAGACGCCCAAUACCCGGCCAUGCUGCUGCUGACGGCGGACCACGACGACCGCGUUGUGCCGCUGCACACGCUCAAGCUCAUCGCCACCCUGCAGCACGAGCUCGGCGACAAGGAGAACCAGACCAACCCGUUGCUUGCACGCAUCGAGGUUAAGGCUGGACACGGCGCAGGCAAGCCGACACAGAAGCGGCUGGAGGAGAUGGCGGAUGUGUUUGCGUUUAUGGCCAAGACACUGGACAUUCAGUGGACCCCUCCCGCUUCCGCCUGAGACAAGCGUUACCAACACACACACACAUACACACACACACACACACACGCACGCACACACACACACGCACACACACACACAUUUGUUGUGCACAGCGGAGGUGCAAGCCACCGUGUUCAACCUCCUCCCUCCAACCUUGUCGUGUGAGAGCGUGACCAACAACAAUAAACACAGCCACA